CAAGAAAAAGAACAUCCGGGUACUCAGGUGACGUCGCGACGGAAAGUACACACAUUCUCACGGUGCCGAAAAAACAACCGGACAGCACGCAGUUACACCGAAAAAACGGCUCAUGACACUUACAUAGAAACACAAAUUUAGCUUGCGUCACAACAAUGGAGAAACCUCCCUUCAGGCAGAACCAGAACUGCGGAGACUGGGAGCUGAAGGAGAGGCUGGGAAUGGGCGGAUUUGGACAUGUUUACCUGUACCAACAUCAUGAUACAAAUGAAAAACUAGCUGUGAAAAUGUGCCGUCUGGAGCUCACGCCAAGGAAUAAGGACAGAUGGAGCAGAGAAAUCCAGAUCAUGAAAAAGUUGAAUCACAUCAAUGUCGUGUCAGCCCGAGAUGUCCCGGAGGAAAUGAGGCACAUCGCCCUAAAUGAUCUCCCAUUGUUGGCCAUGGAGUACUGCUCAAGGGGAGACCUGAGGAAGAUGCUGAGCAAACCUGAUAACUGCUGCGGAUUGAAAGAGAGUGAAGUUCUUUCGUUACUCAAUGAUGUCGGAUCUGGUAUCCAAUAUCUUCACGAGAACAAGAUCAUACACAGAGACCUUAAACCUGAAAACAUAGUGCUGCAAGAUAUCAACGGAAAGCUGGUUCACAAAAUCAUUGACCUGGGCUACGCUAAAGACCUGGACCAGGGCAGUCUGUGCACCUCCUUCGUUGGCACGCUUCAGUACCUGGCUCCUGAGCUGUUUGAGAACAAGCCGUACACGGUGACUGUGGACUACUGGAGCUUCGGCACCAUGCUAUUUGAAUGCAUUUGUGGUUUCCGUCCGUUCCUGCACAACCUUCAGCCUGUGCAGUGGGCGAGCAAAGUGAGGAAUAAAGGUCCCAGAGACAUCAUGGCUGUAGAGGACCCGAACGGAGAAGUGAGGUUCUCCACACAACUCCCCUACCCCAACAACCUGAGCAGGACGAUGUUGGGCCCGAUGGAAAUGCUGCUGCAGCUGAUGUUAAAGUGGGAUCAAGGUUACAGAGGAGGCAAAAUCAACACCGACACCAAGAAACCCUCGUGCUUUGAAGAAAUGGAGCAGAUCCUGAGUAUGAAGGUCGUCCACAUCCUGAACAUGACCACAGCUCAGGUCCACUCUUUCCAGCUGACCCCGGACGAAAGUCUCCACAGUCUGCAGAAUCGCAUCGAGGCCGAGACCAAGAUCGAGGUGGUGAACCAGGAGCUGCUGCAGGAGACGGGAGUGUCGCUGGAUCCCAGGAAGGCCGCUGCUCAGUGUGUCCUAGACGGAGUGAGAGGGUGGGACAGUUACAUCGUCUAUCUGUUUGACAAGAGCAUCACCAAGUACUCUGGACCCCUCAGUGCCAGACAACUGCCCGAUAAAGUCAACACUAUAGUGCAAGAGGCCAAGACGCAGCUUCCCCUGGUGCUGCUGAAGAAGGUUUGGGGUGAAGCGGUGAGCUACAUCUGUGGGCUGAAGGACGACUACAGCCGGCUGUUCCAAGGACAGAGAGCUGCUAUGUUGAGUCUCCUGCGCUACAACACCAACCUGACCAGGUGUAAGAACAGCAUGUUUGGCUUCUCUCAGCAGCUGAAGGCCAAGCUGGACUUCUUCAAGAGCAGCAUCCAGUACGACCUGGAGAAAUACAGCGAUCAGAUGCACUACGGCAUAUCCUCUGAGAAGAUGCUGAAAGCCUGGCAGGAGAACGAGGAGCGAGCUGCUGCUUUUGCACAGGUGGCAGAGGUGAGCCACCUGGAUGAUGAGAUCAUGGCUCUGCACUCAGAGAUAGUGGAACUUCAGAGGAGUCCAUACGCUCGACGCCAAGGAGACAAGAUGGAGCAGCUAGAAGAAAAGGCGAUUGAGCUCUACAAGCAAAUGAAGAUGAAAUGCAAAAUACCUGAGCCAGAUGUGAGCAGCGACAGCUCUGAGAUGGUGAAGGCCAUCAUUCAGACGGUCCAGAACCAGGACAAGGUCCUCAAAGACCUGUACACCCACCUCAGUAAGAUCCUGAUCAGCAAACAGAAGAUCAUCGACUUGUUUCCACGGAUCGAGAAAACCUUGGAGAGCAUCAAGGAUGCCGACAACACAGUGAUGCAGAUGCAGAUCAAGAGACAGAAAGAGUUCUGGCAUUUACUGAAGAUCGCCUGCGCUCAAAACUUGACCCGAAACUCGAUAGCAGCGAGUCCCGAGUCGUCCAACCUGCUGCAGGUGUCUCAGUGGUCCCAGUCGGCUCAGCCAGUCAGCUCCCCACAUCCCCUCACCUCCCUACCUGGGCCCAAUGACAGUGACGCUGCACCACGUCUGCUGCAGGAGAACGAGAAGUACCUCAGUCAGCUGACCAGCCUGAUGCAGGAAGCGACUGACGAACAGGCCAAGAGCAUCGUGGACCAAGACUGGAGCUGGACCAAAUACGAAACCUUAACAACAAAGUUAAAAAAGAGAAAUGCCUGAGCGUCCUUCCAUCGCCGCCUGCGCUCCGACUAACACUAACGCCUGUGAGCCGCCGUCACAUAAAGACUCUGAUCAGUCAACACGGACUCUUAACACGGCGUCUGUCCUCUCCUACGUCUCACACGGGGGGCAGUUUGAGGAAUAGUCUUGUUUUUACAAAGAAGCUGUGUCACUCUACUUUCUGUUUUUACUUUCUGCACAAUAUAGAUCAUAAUAAUCCAUAACAUCUGAGGAUAUUCAUUAUUACCGUAGUUGCAAAAAAACAUAUAUAGCAAAAAGUGUAGCACCAGAUCGGAGGGCUUGAGGUAAAGAGACCGAAACAUGGGAACAAGUUCAGCCGUGUGACGUACGAGGAAACACAGGAAGUGGUUGGGGUUGUGGGGGGGGGUGAGGAGGAAAUUACAGUCAAGCAAACAGCACUUUGAUACUACCAUGUAUCCUCUCUGUAGAGACAGGCUGCAGGAUAUUCAGAUUUACAGUUUAACUGUUCUUAUCACUCAUAAUCGGUUUGAUAUGUUUCACUCUACACAGUCUGGGGUUUAGAUUCUAUGUCCAUGUUCUUUUGAUUAGUUUAUUAACGUGUUCUAUGUAUCAUAGGGGUCUUUAGUCAUGAUAUAAGUGACAGACGUGGCUGGUCAUCACGUUUCUACGUCUACAGUGUACAUCUCUUUUAUUAUUGUCUGAUACUAAGAGGUUCUGUUCGUGCUGCGUUCAUGUCAUAAAAGGUUCAAACUGUUUGUUUACGUUCAGAACAUCUGCAGAAGAUGGAACGUUUCCAUCCACUGCUGUCAUGUGACUAUUAGGAGCUAAACGGCUCCAGUCAGGUGUCGUCAAACCACCACAGAAGAAGAAGAAGUCGUUCAAAGAGCGCCAGUUAACAGGAUGUAGAAAACAUGAUGGAGCUAGAAGAACCAUAACGAGAGAACAAUAGUUCAGGUACCCGCCGCGUGAUCUGGAUCCACUCCAGAAUGUGUCGGGUUCUUCUUUGGUCCGCUCGUCACUAAAGUCAGCCCAGUAGUAGGCGUCACAUGAGGGAACCACAGUCCAAGACCUCAAUGCCGUGGGGACGACGGAGUCCAGAAGUCCAGAAAACCGACAUUUGACAGAGAGAGAGCGGCUGAACGAGCAACAUGUGAGAAAUUAUUAACGGCAUAUUUCACUAUUUUGUGACAUCUGACAAACGAUGAAUCAAUUGAUCCAGUUAUUAAUCAGCUGAUUAAUUGAUUUAUAGUCAUUCAACGGGACCGGAACUCUCCAAUGACUUUCUGGUGAUCUGGAUUAUUCGGUGUAUAAAAUAGUUUGUUUAAUAAUCCGCAUAAAUUCAAAUAACUUAAUUUAUCCAACAGUCUGAAACCCAAAGAAACGAUCAGUUCAGAAAACGGUCUCCGUACAAUCAGUCGAUUAAUCGGCUGAUCUCUGCAGCGCUAGUCGUUUAAGUCUUCCGUCUAUGACAUGAACGUGGCGUCGCACUCGCAGCACAGUCGGCGUCUUCAGUGAAAUCAAUGAGAGUGAUUGGAAACCAGUGAGCGGUUGAAUGUACUGCAGGUUCAGGUUAACGUUGGGCCUCCGAGUUGUAUUUAUGAAGUUCUAGUGCAAUGAAAAGUUUAUUUCUUUUGUAUUUAAGUAACUCGAAUUGUCGGUUUUCUUUCCAUUUAAGUAUUUGUUUCCGUCUGAUGGUUUGAAUCUGUCUCUGAAUGUUUAAUUUGUAAAGAACGUCUCUGUAUAAAGAUCAAAUGUUUACCUGGUAAUAAAAUAAAAUGACUUUGGCAUGAC